GAAGCGCUGGAGUCGAAGGAUAAAGCGUGGAUCGCGAGCACGAAGAGGAAACUUGCGGAUUAUGUGAAUACAAAUGGUGCCGGGGAGGGGAGGAAGGCAGCUACGAGGUUCAGGGAGGGGAGUGUUGCAGGUGAUGCGACAACGCGGUUUACAGUGGACGGGGGAGAAACGCCUAGGGGUUGGGGAGGGGAUACGCCCAUGUCGGUAGCGUCGAUGGCCACCACCGCAUCGACGGCUGCAACAGCGCAGGAACCGCGAAGAGAAAUUCCCGAUGUAUCGAAUAUGGGUCUCCUCGCGUUUCAGGCGAAAUAUACCAGCGAGGAUAACGAGUCGUUCAACAAGCUUAUGGACCGGCAGAAUACGAAAAAGCGCGAUAAAUACGCCUGGAUUUGGAAUGAGAAUAAGGUUCCGUCUGCGCGGCAGAUUGCGCAUCGCACGAUGGAGAAUAAGCGGAUUGCUGCGCAGGGUGGGAAUCCGACAUUGGCAAUAACAGCGGGUGGGGAGGAUGCUGGGAAAGAGAUCAAGACGAAUCUUGAUGCUCGACCGGCGAAACCGGAUACGUGGGAUGCGAAGCCGGAGAAUUCGUUAAUGUUUCUUCCGUCGUCGGUUGAGGAUACGCAUGAGACGGGUCAGCAGAAGGCGGAGGCUGCGUCGCGGGCGGGUCCUAAGCGGGUUAUGUAUCAGAAUACCAGGCUGCCUACUACAUCUUCUGCUGAAGAGGGGAAUCAACCGCCUCCUUCUCCGGCGAUCUCGGCCAUCCAAGAUGCUAUUGCUGGUCGGCCACGGUUUACAGAGACGGAAGCUGGAGUGGGGAGUUAUACUGGUGGAGAGACGCCGCGAGUGAACGGUUAUGCAUUUGUGGACGAGGAUGAACCCGAGGAUCCAACAUCAAGAUUUGAAAAUAACGACAACUCGGACGACCUCAGUCUACUAGGAUUAGGAGACGCAACGCCAAAUCCAUUCAACAUCCGCCAAAACCGCAAACGAGAAGAUCUGCACCACCGCAUGGUCGACCGGAUUACUCGGACCAAACGCGCAGAAAAAACCAACACAAUCAAAUCCCCUGUGACCCCGCGGUUUGCUAGUAGUCCACGGCUGGAUUAUGGUCUACGCACUCCUGCAUCGGGUAGUUCUGGGGAUGGUGGGAAAAUGUUGACUCCGGCUGCUCAAAAGUUGUUACAAAGAGUUGGAAACACGCCACGGGCAUCUUCAUCUUCGUCGAAUUUAAAAAAUAUGUGGACUCCUACGCCAAAGAGAAAGUGAUUUCUAUGCUGUUAUGAUUGAUGACGUCGCCCUGCUUGUGUGUUUGCAUAGCGUCUAUGGUUUUGCCUGCAUGAUAUCCCGCUAUUAUUCGUUGACACGAACAUGUAAUAUUAUUGUUAUAACCCAA